AUGCGCCUUCUGCUUCGGCGCCCGCAGCUUGCCCGCCCCCUGACCUUCUCUGUCCCCGUCAAUGCUCGCUUUCCACACCAAUCCUUCACCGUCCGCGCCUUCUCCAGCGGAGGCUUCCUCCCCAAGCAGGAAGUGCAGGAGCGCGUGCUGUCUGUGGUGAAGAACUUUGAGGGCGUGGACGUGUCGAAGGUGAGCGAAACCGCACACUUCAUGAACGAUCUUGGUCUGGACAGCCUCGACACUGUCGAAAUUGUGAUGGCGUUUGAGGAUGAGUUUGCAAUUGAGAUUCCUGAUGCAGAAGCCGAGAAGAUUCAGACUGUGGAACAGGCCAUUAGCUACGUCGCUUCUCACCCUCAGGCCAAAUAA